AUUUUUUUGUAAAGAUACAUUUACACUGUGCAUGUAUUGACCGGUUUGAAAUAUGUUAUACGUGGAUUUAGUCCAUUGAUGAUUAAAAUGUUAACUGCUACUAAUCAAUUUGUGUGAAAAAUAUGAAGAAAAUGUGAACUUAAUCUAAAUCGCACUUAUUACAUAAAUAUUAUCCGUGUUCCUACUUGAGUAGGUAUUAUAUGAAAAAUAUGUGUAUUUAUCAAUUUAUUGAAUAAUUAUAUUUACUUAUGAAGCUCAUUAAAGAACAUUCAUUCCCAGUUAUUAAUUUAUUAUGAAGAAAGUUAAACCAAGAAAAGCUAUGGCUUUAGAAGAUAAAUUAGUCAAUAUAAGUCCAAAACGAAAGAAACAUGGGACACAUAUCCCAAAUGUUAUUCCUAGUACUAUAGGUGAUCGAUUGAACAUUGCUAUUUUAUUAUUUUUAUAUACAUUACAAGGUGUACCACUUGGACUUUCUGCGGCUAUACCAAUAAUAAUGCAGAAGAAACAUAUAACAUAUAAAGAACAGGCCCAAUUCAGUUUUUCUACAUGGCCAUUUAGUUUAAAAUUAUUAUGGGCACCUAUUGUUGAUUCAAUAUUUUGGGUGAAAUUUGGCAGAAGAAAAACUUGGCUUGUACCUGUACAAUACUUAAUUGGUUUUUUUUUAUUAUUUUUGGGAAUGAACAUCAAUGAUUGGCUGGUUAAAACAGAUGAUCCAAACACAACAUUUUUGACAUUAAUGUUCUUUUGCUUAAACUUUUUAGCAGCAACACAGGAUAUUGCUGUUGAUGGAUGGGCAUUGACUAUGUUAAGAAAAGAAAAUGUUGGAUAUGCUUCAACAUGCAAUAGUAUAGGUCAAACCAUAGGCGCUUUUCUUGGCUAUGUUGUAUUUGUAACCUUAGAAUCCGCUACAUUUUGUAAUAAAUGGAUACGAUUUACUGAAAGCACAGAGGGUAUAAUCACAUUACAAGGAUUUUUAUAUUUUUGGGGUUAUGUGUUUAUGAUUUCUACCACAUUGGUUGCAAUAUUUAAACAUGAAAAGAAGCAAUCAUCUCAUCAAGAAGACCUUGAUUUAAAUUUAUAUCAAACCUACAGACUUCUUGGUGAUAUCAUGAAAUUACCAAGUGUUAAAAGUUUAUCAAUAAUUUUACUUACAGCCAAGAUAGGAUUCAGUCCGAUUGAUGUGGUUUCUAGUUUGAAAAUCAUCGAUAAAGGUAUUCCUAAAGAUGAUAUAGCUUUGAUUGGACUACUAUCAAUACCACUACAAAUAAUUUUACCAGUAUUAAUCACCAAAUAUACUGCUGGACCUAAACCAAUGAAUGUAUAUUUAAAGUCUAUACCUUAUAGAUUAAUGAUUGGUAUUCUAAUUACAAUCAUAGUUUACUUUACACCAUAUUUUAUUGACCAAGAUGGAAAAGUUUCAGUGUUUUAUUAUAUAUUAGUAAUGGGUUUAUUUUUACUACAUCAAUUGACAAUGUAUUCAAUGUUUGUGGCUGUUAUGGCAUUUUUCGCUCGUAUUAGUGAUCCACUAUUUGGUGGUACAAAUAUGACUUUGUUAAAUACAUUAACAAAUUUGGGAGGAGCUUGGGCUAAUACUGCAGCAUUAUGGAUGACUGAUUCAUUAACAUUCAAACAAUGUUCAAACAAUGCAGAUAAUUUAUGUUUCUUGGAAACAGACAUUAAUACUUGUCAAAAAUCAAAUGGAAAGUGUGAAAUUACUAUUGAUGGAUUUUAUUUGGAAACUGCCUUAUGUACAAUUUUUGGAAUAUUCUGGUAUAAAUAUUUUUCAAAAACUAUACGUCAUUUGCAAUCUAAAGAUUUGAAACAAUGGCAUGUAGACUCCAAAAAACAUUCACAAUUUUGAAGGAAAAAUAAAAAAUGUUUGGUUAUUAUUGUAAUAUAAUAUCAUAAAAA